AGCGCCAGGUACUCGUCGUCUCGUCUGGCUGCCUGGCUUUAAACCACAUCGGAAUUAGCUUUGAAACCCAGCACCCCGCGAUCACGAUUACCCACACUAGUAAAGUAGUAAACUAAUCCACCAAUAGAGACCGACCAUUCACCACUCGCCCGCACGAACCCAGAAAAGAAGAGGCCGUAGUGCAGGGAGCGUGACGAAAAUACAGAAACAGAAAAUGGAGUGGUGCGGGCCGGCGGGGAGGGGGAGGAAUCCAAAGCGAACGCCAGGCAGGCGGCAGGCGGCAGGCUCGCGAGAGAGAGCCGUGCGGCUGCCGAACUCCACAGGCCUAUACGGGUGUACUAGCACUGUAGCCUACUAGCCAGCAAGCACCUCCUGGUGCUAUAUGACCCCCCGCACCCCACCCAAAACCCCUCCUUUUCCGCUCCAGACACAGCAGCCCCUCUUGUACCAGUAAACCGUGCUGCUAUCCCCCGCUACCGCUACCCGCCGCGCUGCUGCGGCUCGCCUCCCUCCUCCCCAGUCCCCACGCCCCGCCGCCGCCGCCGCCACCUCCUCUCGCUCCCUCCUUUUACCCCGAGCUUAAGCUCGCGCGUACCUGCCUACCUAUCCGUAGGAGAGGAAGAGGGGACAAGGCCCGGUCGGUCGGUCGGUCGGUCGGGGGGCUCUCGGAUCUCGCCGCUGCCUCCCCGUUCGUUCGUUCGUUCGUUGGGAUCUCGCGCCAUGGCCGCCGUCGCGCCGCCCCCGGCCCCCGCGCCGGCACCGGUUCCGGCUCCUGCUCCUGCCACCGUCCCUGUCGCGGAUCAAACCACGGAUCUGCUGCAGAAGCUGUCGCUCGACUCGCAGCCCAAGGCGGCGGACGCAACACAGCCUGCUGCUGCCACCGCCAAAAAGCAGGGCGCCGCGGCGAGCCAGCCGCUGAGCGUGGCGAUCCCGCCGGAGCCGUCCAUCACGCCGGUGAUCCAAGACUUUACGGAUCCCAACCUGUUUUAUCUACCAGCGUAUUACUACGGAGGCUACGACAGUUCCAUGAGCGAGUGGGAUGAUUAUCCGAGGUAUCUAAAUUCAGAUGGAGUGGAGAUUGCCCCAGCGGUAUACGGAGAUAUUUAUGGAUAUGGGUAUGCUCCUUACGGGGCAUACUCUCCUGCCACUUCCCCAGUUCCAACAGUUGAUGGUCAGAUGUUUGGUGCACAGCAUUACCAGUAUCCAACUGCGUAUUUCCAGCCUCCUACACCAGUUCCUUCUACCACUCAAAGUGACCUACAGUCUUCUAAAAAUCCUGAAAAGCCAGCAGCUAAAGCAGAUCCAGCCAAGACUACUAACGGUGUUCCCAAUGGUACUGCUCACAGUAACAGUGGAACUGUACCCCUUGCGUCGAGCCAACAAAAUUCAUCACUGACGCCUGAUGGAACUUAUAGGGCGCCCUUGCUAGGUGGAGUUCCUUCUGCUGGUUACCUGGACACGACAUAUGGGUAUGACAGCACAGGGGCACACUUUGCAUGGUAUGAUGGCUCUGCUUAUGCAAAUGGACAACAAAGAGCAACUACAACUAACCAUUUUCCAUCCUCAACAUUUGGUAAUGGUUCCCCAGCAAGGUAUCAGAACAAGAGCACCACCACACCGCAGAUGGGUAUGCAGAAUAGAAGACCUACAACUACAUCACCAGCUCCUACUUAUCCCAAUAGGAUGUACCCUAGCUCCCGACCGUACACCCAGUAUGGGAAUUCAAUAAAAACUGGCCUUCCCUACGGGAGCAACGGUUAUGAUUCCAGGAUAUAUGGGCGAUGGGGUCUUGGUAUGGAUAACAGGUACAGGCCUAGGGGCCGUAAUGGAUACUAUGGUUAUGGCAACGAGAGUCAGGAUGGAACAAUCGAGUUAAACAGAGGUCCUAGAUCUGGCCGUUUCAAGAACCAGAAAUUGUACGGCCAUACUGUCACUAUUGCUGUGAAAGGGCAGAGCCUUCCUUCUGGUGAAAGCAAGGAUGAUAGUGCCGUGCCUGAUAGAGCACAGUUCAAUAGAGACGAUUUCCCUGUUCAGUAUGAUGCUGCAAAGUUCUUUGUCAUUAAAUCGUACAGUGAGGAUGACAUCCACAAGAGUGUAAAAUACAAUGUGUGGGCAAGCACAACCAAUGGAAAUAAGAAGCUCGAUGCUGCUUAUCAAGAAGCUCAGUCGAAGGGUUCUGCGUGCCCUAUAUUCUUGUUUUUCUCAGUGAAUACAAGUGGGCAGUUUGUUGGUGUUGCUGAAAUGACGGGGGCUGUCGAUUUUGAGAAAACCCUGGGGUAUUGGCAACAGGACAAGUGGAAUGGUUCCUUCUCUGUUAAGUGGCACAUUGUCAAGGACGUGCCUAACAACAUUCUCAAACACAUCAUCCUAGAGAACAACGAGAACAAGCCUGUCACGAACAGCCGCGACACUCAAGAGAUACACCUAGAACAAGGCCUUCAGAUGCUCAAGAUAUUCAAGGAGCAUGUCAGCAAGACGUCCAUCCUGGAUGACUUCGCCUUCUAUGAGAGUCGCCAGAAGCUGAUGCAGGAUAAGAGGUCGAAACAGCAGCAGGUCCAAAAGCAGGUCUGGGACAGUAGGACCCCCAUUUCUGUCACUGGAAGCGAGCAACAGCAGGAAGCUGCCAAUGGGAAGCCCAAUCCGUCUGUACCAAACGGUGUCCCUGCAGAGGUGAAGGCGGCGAAGGCUUCUGCAGAGAACGGCACCGCCACUCCAGCUAUUUCCUACGCGGCAAAGGUGGCCCAAGCAGCAACAGAGAAACCUGUGCUCGCCAACGGAGUCGCUAAGACCGGUUAGCUGGACCGCCCAACCGAUGCUCCAUAGCUAGCCGCGAGCGACGGUCGACGUCCCCAAGAGCUCGACCGAAUCACUGUACAAGGGAAACUGGUGACCAACCAAGGCAGGCUGUGGAACUGGGCAGGCAUGGCGCCCUAGAGCGUUGCGGCUCCAUCUCGUCGCUGCUGGAGAGCAGCUGGCUAGCUGUUAGCGUUUUCCCUAGUCUCUCUCUCUGUUCCCCGUUUCAGUUUGCUUAUAGCCCGAAGACUUUUCUGCUGUAGUAUUGGAAUGCCAGAGACCUUUGGCCGGACAAGAGGAAUUUGCGAAGGCCGUCUGGCUGGGUGUGUUGCGUCGUCAUUGGGGUCGAGUAUGGCCGGUUGUGUUCGUCGUUAUAUUGAGUGGAUCCGAAUGAAUGUGGGUUAGAUUGGAGCUUUCCUUUUCUUUCUCUUUC